UACUGAAAGCAGCACAGGUCCACCCGGUGUAGCUGUGUUAUUGAGAGGUCAUACAUUUUCGCAAAACAACGACUGCAAACCAGAGAGACAGGAUGUCUGAAGAACUGUCCCUCAACAUAAACAUCAAGGAGCCAAGAUGGGACCAGGGCACAUUCAUGGGGCGCGCCAAGCACUUCUUCAUGGUGACAGAUCCCAGGAACGUCCUGCUGUCCUCGGAGACUCUGGAGGAUGCCAGAGUGACCAUGGAGAACUACAGAUCCGGGAUUGUGAAGCCCGGCCUGACAGAGGAUGAGCUCUGGAGAGCCAAGUACGUCUACGACUCCGCCUUCCACCCCGACACCGGGGAGAAGAUGUUUGUGAUUGGCAGGAUGUCUGCUCAGGUCCCAAUGAACAUGUCCAUCACCGGCUCCAUGCUCACCUUCUACAGGACCACUCCGGCGGUGGUGUUCUGGCAGUGGGUAAACCUCUUCAACGCCGUCGUCAACUACACCAACCGCAGCGGAGACGCCCCAAUGACCGUGAAUCAGCUUGGCGUGGCCUACGUCAGCGCUACUACUGGAGCUGUCGUCACUGCCUUGGGAUUCAAAACUCUAGCUUCGCGUCUCCCUCCAAUCGCCAGCCGGUUCGUCCCCUUCGCUGCGGUCGCUGCUGCUAACUGCAUCAACAUCCCCUUCAUGAGGCAGAGAGAGUUGAAGUUCGGUAUCCCUGUGAUGGAUGAGAAUGGAAACAGGUUAGGAGAGUCCCCCAAUGCUGCCAAGCAGGCCAUCAUGCAGGUGGUGGUGUCGAGGAUCGGCAUGGCAGUGCCAGCAAUGGCCAUUCCCCCUGUUAUUAUGAAUUCUCUGGAGAAGAGAGCUUUCCUGAAGCGGUUCCCCGUUCUAAACGCUCCGAUCCAGGUUGGGCUUGUCGGUCUAUGCCUGGUGUUUGCAACUCCUCUGUGCUGCGCCCUCUUCCCACAGAAAAGCUCUAUGCGUGUGAGCGGGCUGGAAGCAGAUCUGCAGGAGAGGAUACGACAGACCAGUCCCAACACCACCACCGUUUUCUUCAACAAGGGCCUGUAGGAUCUUGCAAUACAUCCCCACACUUUUCAAACACACACACACACACACUCACAAACUGACACUUGCACAUUUAUGCACACGUCUGUAAUCCCAAGGGCACAAGUGGGAGGGUAAAACAUGUAUUUUUGUUCCUUUUUAGUUGUUUUUUUUUUGGUCGUGCAUCAUUUAUUUUUCAAAAGUACCUGGACAAAGCUGCUCCAUUAUUGACAUUGCAGGGUUAAUGCGUUAAGAAUAACUGAAGGUAAACAAAACAACACUUUAAGAUCACUGGCAUUGCUCUCUGUACAUAGAUGACUCCUUACAAAUGAAAAAAUGAACAGAUUUUCUUUUUUUUUCUUAUUGUUUCGUGAUGUGUUUUCUGUCUUCCUUUAGUCAGUUCAUGAAGUUACAGAUUUGUUUUUCACUCACCAAUUUGUCUACGGUGCAUUUAGAUCCAGCCCAGUUUUUAAGUACUCUGGUGAGUUGUUGUUUUUAUGUAGGCGUUUGGUUGUAAGUCAUGUAUGUCACAUAAUAAUGUUUUGCCUUGCGUCUCCUUACACUUAGCUGUACCCUUUCCAAUUCUUGCCUAGCCAGAGUUGCGAUAUUCUGUUUAAAAAAUGUGUAAACUACACUGACUAUAGUAUUUUGAGAUUACUGCCACCAGUUAAUUUCCACCUUGUAGUUGAACCAUGUGGCCAUAGUAGAAAAAACCGUGUUUAUUAGCUCUGAAGAAUAGUCUUUUGUUGUACUCCUUGUUAACCGGAGCAGCUUACUCUUUUCAUUUCUCCUUUAAGUGUACUUAUACUCCUUCCUAAUAAGAGACCAGGUAAUUGAGGUGCAAUGUGGCAGAAAUUAAAUAUAAGUGAUAUUGCAAAAAACCCACAAAGCGCAGCCGUAGAGGGCAUCAGUGAAAACAUUAGUAUGUGUGCUUUUUAUCAACAUAAAUAAACACUUGCCAUGGCAGCCUUUCAUCAUUUGAGAGGACUUUAUAAACUAUACUGCCGUUGCUAUCGUUAGGGAGAAACUAAUGAAUGAAUGAAAUGAAAUAUGUAAUUGUUGUAGGUAGUGGUGCCUGUUUGCUGGUUGUGUCAGGUGGAGGAAUAUUGUUUGUAAUGUGUCUACAUGUUGUUGCUAAGAUUACUUGUGGGUUUUAGGCACAGCCACAUGCAGAAGACAGACCACGUUGUACUGCUAUUUGAGAACCCGUAGCUCAUUAUCAUGUCCACAUUUCAGCUGAAGCAUUGAGUGAGAAGGUUGGACGAAGUCUAUGCUCUUUAAUUUCAGUUCCUCCUUCGUGCAUCCGUCAGACAACCAAAACUGUCGUAAGCGCUGGAGCCAUUGAAGUCCCAUUGUACCAAAUGGAAAUGGCUAUAGUUGUUGGACAAAAUCAAAAUCAGUGCGCAGUGUUUGUUGUUGCUCUGUUGCAGUGGAAAGAUUGUCUGAGUUUGAGCUUUUCUGAUUAAACUGUGUGGUUAGAUAGUGAUGUUGUACGUGAGUAGAUAUAACGUGAAUUUAUCCCAGUGUUGUCGGUCUGGAUUAUGCAAAAAUACAUAUUUUUCUUGGAUAUAUUUCUAAAUAUAUAUAUAUAUAUAUGAUGUAUUAUAUAUGGAGCACAUAUGCAUGUGGAAAAUAAGAGAUUUUAACUUUAAGGUGUGCCUCUGUUAGUGAAUCCACCAGAUGGCAACACAUAUGCAUCGGAAACAAUUUCAGCUGCUCGUAUUAACGGAGAACAGAGAGAGGGGUUUUGCUGCAAACUAAUUUGAGCGAGUGCACCUUUUUAGGGCUUAUGUGUUUUCAGAUUAGAGGGGCGCUCCUCUAGUGGACUUUAGCUCGAUGAAGUGUACACAGUCAUAGAUUUAAAACUAUGAUUUAAUGUUUAUGUAACGUGAUGUUUUGUGUAUGUAGGUCCAUGAAAACUAUACCCAACAUUAAGAUUGUACAGAUCUUUUUACACGUAAAUUCACCUUCAUUAAGGAUCUGUAGUCAAUUGUUUCAACGUUAAUGUGUUUAAAGUAAACUGAUUGUGGGCACUGAAGCAACUUCUGUACAGAAAUGCACAAUGAUUGUGUUUAUGUGAUCCUACAAAAAGUGCUAUCAGAUCAUUUUGUAAACCCACAGACCCUAUCCUGAAUUACCGUCUUGAUAUGACUCUUUGUAUUAUUUGGAAAGGUUGGAUGUCCAAUUUGGAGAGGAAAUCAUUUUUUGAACUUUCCAUUGUCAUUCAUAUUUCCAUACAAACAGCUAAUCCCAGAUGAUUGUUAACUGUAACUGUAAGACAUGAUCACAUGCACUGCCGGACAGUGUUUCAGAGUUAGCAUCACUACUGUAUUCAAAUAUUUGAUACCACGGCUGCAUCGUUAAGACAUCAUGUUGUGUUGUGUUUGGGUUCCUGCUGAGGGUGAAACUGCGCUAUAACCUUUGCUGUGCUGCUGUAGGUGCUAGGAUUUGUGUUGCUAUUUAAAAUGACAUUUUUAAUGUUGAUUGUAUUUGUUUAUGGUGCUGGACGAUGUUGAAGGAACUAUGGUUACUGCUAAUUAGUCAUUCAGUCAUUGUCUGGCAGCUUUCAUUGCUCAUAACCAAGUAGAUUUAGCUUGUGCUUUUUUCCUCUUUUUUUCUUGGAGUUAUGGCGCAAAAGUGUCAAGAACAAAACGUAGGGUUUUUAGCAUUUAAAUACAUUUGUAAACAUGUGGAACUCAGCUUUGGACUGUAUUGUACCACCAUAACGUGUCGCACUAAUGGAUCUAGCCAAAGACGAGACGGGUAUGGAUUGUGGAGGAAUGAGGAGCAGAAGUGUGUAGCUUUGAAUAUUUAUGUUCCAGCUUUAACUUACGGACCUUUUGCCAGACUUUGUGCUGCAAAAACAUGUUUUCCAUUUUAUUUCUUAUUAGAAAUGGUCCUCAGUGUAACUCACCAAAUCUUAAAAAAAACAUUGCAAAGCAUUGCCGUUAACAAAUAGCAUCUAAAAUAAAGGUUUUUGCCAUCGAUGUUUCUGGCAUCACAACAAAAUCUCAUUAUAAAUAUGAUAGCACAAGUUAAUGUUGACGCACUGAUUGAAAACCCACUCAUUUGUACCUUUGUAUGCCAUGAAGAAAAUGUCCAAUCUUUGCAUACUGGAGGCACGAUGGAAAGACAAUCUGUAAUGGGUACACUCCUUGAAUGUUUUGGUUGUUUCAUGUACAUAAACUUCCACAUGUAGUCCUGUCAUUAUUGGUGCCGUGCUUUCUCCCUCUAUUUUGUAUUGUGUUGAAAUAUAUUUCCAUGAUGUGGAAUGUACUUUACUCAGAGCAAUAGAAUAAAACAUGUAACAUCAAA